CUGAAGCUCUACCGGGAAGCCGCCGUCGCAAAGGGCAACGACGUGGACGACGCCUACGUGCGUAUGCCCAUCUACGUCGGCGAUUCCAUGGAGGAGGUUCGCGCGGACACGGAAGAGAGCACCAUGCGCGCCUUCCGCCGCACCGCUGACACCUACAUCCGCACCGUGGAAGCCGAGGGCGCCAACGCCAGCGCGGAGCGUCGUCAACGCGCCGAGCAGUUGCUCAACACCACCUACGACGACCUCCUGGCGGACCGGGUCGCCUACGGCUCCCCCGAGCAGGUUGCCGAGCGUCUCAUUUCCAUCCGCGACGGACUCGGCCUGACCGGCUUCAUCAUGGAGCCCAACCUGGGGGGCAGCGUCCCCGCCGAGCGCGUCCAGAAGUCCAUCCGCCUCUACGCCGAGGAGGUCGGCCCCGCCCUCCGGGAAUGA